AUGGUUGAAGAAGUGCCUGUUGUAAUUGUUGGUGGAGGUCCAAUUGGCUUGACAUUGUCUUGUAUUUUGGGCAAGAAUAACAUUGAGCAUGUGUUGUUAGAGAAAAAUGAUAGCACUUCAAACUGGCCCAAAGCCAUGCUCACUAAUCCUCGAUCAAUGGAAUUGUAUCAUCAGUUAGGUACGAUGUGUAAAACAGCAUGGUUCUUUCUUAUCAUUAUUACCAUGGUAAUGAUUACUACUACUACCACCAUUACCAUUACAAAUCACUUCUAUAAUUGUGACUGUCUCCCUUAUAAAUCACCACCACUAUUAAAUCACCAUUAUCAGUACUAUCCCCAUUGUCAGUACUAUCCCCAUUAUGACUAUCUCAAUGACCACCACUAUUAAUUGUUAGUACCAAUUCACCACUAAUUAGCAUCUUAACCAUUGUCACUUUGACCAUCAUUCUUACCAUCUACAUCACCACACCCACCAUUUUAAGUAUCAUUACCAUAGUCAUCAUCACCACCAUUAAGUUGCACCACAACCCAUUAAGAUGCAUUGCACCCUACAUCGUCAAGAGCAGAGCAUCGAUUGAACCUCACAUUUGAGAUUAUCAUAUCUUCUUCAGCAACUUGAGACACAAACCACAGCAGAUUAUUGUAGAGUACUACCUACACUAGACCAUGUAGAGACGCUGUAAAUGGAAUAAUCAGGCCAGCUCUAGGGAUCACCAGAUGACAAAGUUUAUAAAUAAAAUUAAAAACAAGAUCAGAUUUGUAUAAAAAUAGGGUGUGUGCUAAUCAUCCUUACUUGUAGCUGAGUGAUGAAGGAUCCUAUAUCUAUGUUCAGGGACAGUGGCGGAUAUUCACUUUUUCUGGGGGCAAAGCCUCCUAGAGAUUUCCAACAAAACUUUUCAGAACAUACCCCAUUUUUCGAAAAGACUGUUUUUAGCCCUCUUUUAGGUCAAAAUAAUAUCCGAGAAAUGAGGUAAUUUUCCGUGUGAAGAUGGGGCGACGCUUCCCGCCUCACCAAGAUUUCCGCCACUGGUUCAGGACACAGUUCAACUUGGUCGAGAGAAAGGCUAACUGCCCUUUGGCAGUCACAACCUCGUACCUAGGCAGUCUCCUCUAUGCUCCUGUGAAUGAGGGCACGUUUAGUUUAACAAUUAAACUAAACUAGUACACUAUAUCAUUAAUCUUAGGAUUAGACGCACUUCUUCGCGAGGAGGAAUUGGUUGGCAGUGAUAGUCGAAUAGUAAUCGGCAAUUCAUUGAUAAACGAAAAACCAAUCCUACAGUUUUCUGUACCCGCACAAAUGUUGGGGAAAAAUGCACGGAGAAACCCUGAUGAUUCCUACACAUUUGAUGAAGAAUUUACAACAGAGAAUAUAUUACGCUUAUCACAGACAUAUAUUGAACCGAUAUUGAAAGUAAGGAUUUGGUUCUAUUAAAGCCUGGUUUACACUAUAAAUGUUUCUGUGAUCACAGUAGGAAUUUUGCAUAGAUAGAUUUGUGAUAAUCUUGUAGCAACUUAUAAUAAUAAUAAUAGCAACUUGAUAAAAUGACAACAUUGUUACAACUUACUUGUUGACAAGCUUGCUACAAGUCUGAAGGCCCGUUUACACUUAUAAUUUUUCUUCUUCUGAUGCAUGGAAACGAGUAGAGAGCUAUGAUAUUCUGAAUCUACGGUAUAACCUCAUCUGAACAUUCAUAACUCAUCCAGUCGUUUAAUCCAUCAGAAGAAGAAAAUCGCAGCAAAAAUUGCAAGUGGAAAACAAGCUUUAAUUUAACACAUUCUGUUGCCAAGAUGCGAGAUUUUUACGCAAGUACUUGCGAAAGGUCCCAUUUUCCUUGCCUUGCCCCCACGAUACUAUGCAGUUGCCGACGGUGUGAGCCGAGUACCGCAGGCACGAAUUAACUAGGGGGGUCUGGGGCUCCCCCCCCCCCAGAAAAUGUAGGUCUCUCAAAUAGCGUUUCCUGCAUUCUGAGAACACAUUUAAAAAAAAUCUCAGCCUCUCAAAAAAAAGUUUUAAUGGUUAAAUUUGUAAUAAAUUGCAUGCUAAACAUUCAAACACAUAACAAAUUUUGUUUUUUAAACUUCUUUUCAAUGUUAAACUCAUUUACUCAAUACAAGUCUUAGGGCCCUGGCUUUGGGGCAAUUGGCCAUUAUUUUUCUUUAGUGGUGGGGCAGAGGAAGGGGCCCAGUACCAGUCCAUGGUAUUAAAAAAUGCCUUGGAUACUGGUCAGAAAUAAGUUCGACUGAGAGACAAUCUACUCAUUUUAGAAAGCUGCCAAUGAAUAUGCAAGUAGCGAAAUAAAGUUUGGUUGGCAAGUUCAAGCAAUUUCUCAAAAUCAGGACCAAGUGACAAUCGAAGCCGUCAAUGGGAAAUCUGGGGAAAGGAAAGUUUACCAUGCUCAGUACGCUGUUGGCUGCGAUGGUGGAAAAAGUUUUGUGAGAAAGUCAUUGGGUAAAAAGAUUUUCAUAAGCUAUGCUUAAGCCCCGGUCAUAAUUCUCGCUCGCGUUUGACUAGCCUGCGUAGCAGUCGCUUUAUUUUAUUGUAGGUUUUGAGGAUUUUUGAAUAAAUGGCGAGUUAGAAAAAUUUUUCUCAAAAAAGUCCUCAAAACCUACAAUAAAAUAAAGCGACUGCUACGCAGGCUAGCGUUUGACCACCAAUGGACAUCAACUUUCAUCAGCUUUGAGUUGGGUCAAAGCAUAGUCUUUCAAAACAUGGUUUGGAAACUCCGCUAAAGUCCUUGUUCUAUCUUUUUGUUCGCGUUUAUGCAGUUUUGUGCACGGUGCACGGUCAAUGAACACAUUGUAUGUCAGUAUAAUGAACGAAUCAUCCAAUAGCAACGUUUCAGUUCAGUCAUUCAUUCAACCAUGCUAUUUAAAUAUUAAUAAACCUAAAACAAAAGAUGUGCACGGUGUAAGGUACGGCUCAACAUAAACUCCCAGCUCGUUAAAACUGCUUUGAAGUUUACUGAGUUUCCAGACCAUGUCUCGAAAGACUAUGGUCAAAGAUACACUACAAACACAUUAUGGUUCAAAUUUCCUGGUUAAAUAAAAAAUAACGCUACUUGGGUUUAAUUUUCCUGGUAAUUUAUCUAUCCUGAAACAGGUACAGGAAUUUGGAUUUCCAGUGGUGGUUAUACAACACUUAACAGUCACCUGGUCAGAAUUCGCAUAAAUGCUAAUAGAAGUGAAAUUGAAAGAUGGAUGACAUCGAGAACAGUGGGAUAUUCAAAACAAUAAAAAGGCAAUGGAACAUUUCGAUUCCUGGAUCGCCAUUUGAUGGCACUAUUAUGAAGGCGCAUUUCCACGGACAGAAAAUUUUCCGAAAAUGUCAUUGUUAAUUUUCAACUUCAAAAUUUUUUCCGACGGAAAUUUUGUGUCGGCUAAUAACAUUUCACAAAAUUUUCUUUCUGCGGAAAAUUUUCCUGAGUGGAAAUGGGCCUUUAGGCCAGGUGUUAUGCAAGGGGGUGGGGCAUUACCUAUUCCGGUUAAAUUAACCAGAAUGUUUUUACAAUGUAGAGAAAUUCAUGCGACUUUGGCACGUUGUUGCCAUUCUAAACAUUGUGUUUUUUCAUGUUUCACAGGCAUUCAUUUCAAAGGUCAAUUUGACUUGGCUCACAUGAAAUCCAUAAGUUUCAUAUCACAAGAACUGAAGGAACGAUUUGUCGUCGACACUGUUUUAGGAGCAGUAACCGCGAAAUCUCAUAUUCAGGCCCUUACAGUGCCUAUUAAUAAAGAGGGUCUUUUUGUUUCACAUAUUAUGCGGUACGAAGGACAGUUGAAACCAGAGGAGUAUUUGAAGUUAUUGUUGGAUAACGAGGAUAUAUCGUGUAAUGUUGUGUUCGCUAAUGAUUGGCAGGGACAUUUUGCGUCAGCUGAAACAUUGCAACAGGGUCGUGUCUUUCUUGCAGGUAAUUUAAUGCGGAGAUAAGGAUUGUUUACCAUUUGCAUGGAAAACCCAUCCUGUAUGAAAUCGUGCUAAUGGUAAGCAAAAUUUCGGAUAGAAAAUUUUUAUAGGUAAUAGGUCCAUUCCUAGAAAUUACAUUUCAUCCUAUUCUUCGCUAUCAUUCUGUUAUCAGGUGACGCUUGCCAUGUUAUGAUCCCUAUUGGCGGUUUUGGGAUGAAUACUGGCGUGCUUGAUGCUUAUGAUUUAGGCUGGAAGUUGGUUGCCACACUCAAUGGUUGGGGAGGUGAAAAAUUACUGGCUAGUUAUACGGUACGGAACCUCUCUCUCCUCCGCAGAGGCUUACAUGAAGUUUCUAUAGUGAGGGAAAAGUCAUUUCAAUCUUCCCAUUCAAAAUGUGAAAAUAUCUGAGAUUUCUGCAUAUUUCUCCCCCAGGAAAAAAUGUUUCCUGCGCAAAAUAAAACUUUUCAGUCUGGUUCAAUAUGUUCUGUCCGUCUUUAGGCAGAGCGUUUACCCUUCAUCAACGGAGUUCUGGACAGAGUUAGACGAAUGUUCUACAUACUUCAAAACUACGCUGGAAUAUUUGCAUUUCUGGUUAGGACUCGGCCCUUUAAUUUCAUACUGAGCAGGUUCUUUCACAUGGAUGCAUCUAAUUUGAAUAUUGGAGUGUCUGGUGAGUGAAUCUUUUAUGUAUUACACCCAUGAACCUUGUACAGUAUAGAGCCUCGUUUUCGUAAUUGCGGACGUUGGGCUUUAACUAACACAGAGUUUGCUAUAUCUCCGACGCGGCCGGCUCAACGACGCGCUUUCGAAACAAAGAAAUUUUUCAUUAAAGUCGAAAUCACAGCAAACAUUGCAUCGCUUUAGCCGAACUUAGCAGUUUGUAAGGUUAUUUGAAAAAGCUUCAAAUAUUUAUUACAGCAAUGAAAUUGCUUAGCAGUUAGCGCUCAUUCGUGAGUCGAAAUUCAGACGGCGUCGUUGAGCCGGCCGUGCCAUAGGUCGUAGACUCUCGGAUGUCACAUACACGAAAACGAGGCUCUGUAGCCAAAGUAAUGUAGGUUAGACUCGUAGGUUCUGGAAACACUGAUUUCUGGAAACCGCCGUUACACAAAAAACUUAACCCAAACGUCUUUUCUCUCCAGGUAUCCUCUUUGGACUAAGACUAGAGUCUUCACCUCUAUGUAUCCCAUGUAGUAUACCUUUACCCCCAGAUAAUCCUUUGAGCUACACACCUACAGCAUUGCCCGGAUGUCGGGCACCUCACUACCAGUUUGACGAUGGCAGUACACUGUACGAUAAACUAGGUUGGUAUCAUUGGUAUGGAGGUGGCCUUUCACGUUACGUCAUCGCCGCCAUGUUGGAUGAAUUUGACAAAGGAUUUUCCGUAUUUGCAAUUCUAAUUUGAUCACACUACAGCAUACCUUAUCCUGUAUUCUUAGGUUCAGCAUUUACACUUCUUUAUCUUAAACCAUCGGAACAAAAUUAUGAUCCACUGAUGUCGGCAGCCGCGCAUUGUGGUAUUCCACUCAAGGUAUUGUAUAUUGUUUCCAUUUAAAAAUUUGACUAUACAAGACUCACGUCAAUCACGCCAUGUUUUAAGCCUUCAGGCCGAACGAGGAUGAGAGUUUAUGAGAGUUGCAACUUUCCGCCAGCUCUCAUCAACUUUGAGCUGGUUCAAACUUUGAUGAGAGUUUUCGCCAUGAGCGCGGUAAUAUCCAUUCAAUUCUCAUGUAACUCUUGCUCUCGUUUAACCGAGUUGAAAACUAUGACGUAAAUUCUCGCUUGCCAACUCUCAUGGAUUCUCGUCCUCGUUUGACCAGAACUAGGUAGUUCCCAAUCUGCUAACCGCGCGACAAAGGGUGUCACAAAGUCAAUCCCCGCAGCUUAUUGUAGAAUACACCCUAACAUGGUAUCCCACCUCUGAUAUAUCCAAUACAAUAUUAACCUUAUAAAUAUAGUUUACUGACUUUACUCUUCUAUUCAAGGUUGUUUCACUUGAAGAUGAGAAAUUGAAAACAUUCUACCGAGGAAUGGUAAGUCACUAAAUAUAAUAGGAAAAUAGAAAUAUAAAAUUCAAGCCUCUAAAAGUAAACAUACACGAAACUAUAAUACUAGAGAGCGACAGUUUGGAAAGUGAACAAAUAUAACUUACCUAAGACACUUUUGACAAUGUUUUAUUCGGUUAAAAUUGAGAUAUAGUUCUUCCUAAUUUCAAUGAAAACGUUACCGAGAAGUUUAAUACAUUUUCCCGCCAAAACCUCGCAACCAAUCACAAUGCGUCGUAGCGCUCAACAACCAAUCAGCUUUCAUCAUUGCAUUCAGCGUUUUAUUCGCAAACAUAAAAGCAUUGAAAAGAAAUACGAGGUUUUCCCCUACGUUAGGAAAUUAUGUUAUUUCAGCAACAAUGUUUCGAACACAGGAAAACACUUCAGAAAACAUGUGUCCGAUAACGUUUUUAAUGGUGAGCAAACAACAACUAAAGGCCAUGUUACACGGUGCAAUUUUUCUUGCAACUUGCAAUGCAAUUCUACUCUUGAGAGAUGUUAAUUAGUGAAAUCUGUGAAGAAUUUUCGAUAUGUCGAGAAAACAUCAGCGGAGUGUAAUGAAGACUCGUAUUUGGCAAUUUUACAUCUCUCAAUGUAAUUACAUUGCAAGUUGCAAGAAAAAUUGCACCGUGUAACAUGGCCUUAACUCCCUACUACAUUUAUUUAGGACUUUGUGUUGAUUCGUCCAGAUCUUUACAUAGCUUGGUGCGGAAAUGAAAUUCCGACCUUAUUAGACAAUGAGAAUGUCAACGAAGGCGCAAAAGUUUUAAUGAAAGUUGUCACCGGAGCCGUAAGUCUUCCUUUGGAAUGGCAAAGGAGUAGAAAAAAUAGGCACGCAGUGCGUACGUGGCAGUUACCUUUGUUGUUCUCGCUACUUGUUGGAACAGCUGCAAUAUCGGUGGUACUCUUGCGUCGGUAG